CAUGGCAUCCGAGAGAUGUGGACGUACCGUGUCAAGUGAGCAAUAUAAUGUAAAUACAAACAAAACUGAUGUUUAUGACAGUGCAGUUAGUGAAUCGGCCAUCACAGAAAGUGACUUGCAAAAAGAAAAAUCAGUUAAAAACGUCGAAAGAUGCGGACAAAAUAGCUGCCGGAAUUUAAGUGGGUUACUAGCCACGGCGUCAUCAGUGAAUGUUUCUGAAGAAUUGUGUAGCAGUGCGAAGGAACUAAACGACGUCAAGUUAUCGUCGCAGCAAGAAACAAGUUCUCUUCAUGGGAAGAGGAAACGGGUGCAUCACGAUUACAAGAAACUGUCGAAAUCUGGUUAUGUUGAUGAUGCAACGGGUAGGCAUUAUUCUUCGAGUACAUCGAGUGCAAGUGAAAGUGAUACAUCCCCAAAAACGAAAAGGUUAAAUACUGGUGAAACAUAUGGGCGGCCAGAAACUUCGAACAGUGACGGCAGCAGUGGAACUAGAAUACUGGAUUCUGAAAAGCGGAAAGAACACCACAAGAAACACCAUAAAAAGAGAAGACACAGGGAGAGAGACAAAGAAAGAAGUAAUGCUGAAGAUGAGAAGCCGGCCAGCUUGACCCGCAGUCUUCCGAGGCAGAUCAGCAACUACCUCCAACAAAACAUCGCCGAUGUGGAUGAUCGCAUUCGUAAUGUGGUCAGCCCAGGCUUCCGUCCCAGUGAAAUUGCUGACAAGGACUGCAACAUCGAGCAUGGGGCGUGUAUGGAGCCCCGUUGUCAGAGUACACACCCCAAGGAUCAGUCUCCCCUCAAGGUGCAGGAAGUGGACAGUACCAUAAAAGAAUUGGACUCUGUGGUCAAACAACGGACAGAUGUUGUGGCCAGGUUUUCAAGUAAAGUGAUAAGUGGUAGUGGGCUUUCUCAGGAAUUACCCAAUGCUAUGUUAUUACCUCAGGGUUUGACUGACACUUUCAGACAUCCCAGGAUGGCAGCCACUGAUGAUGAGGUGGCCAGGGCAUCAAUCAGGAACAAAGAAGAUAAUUCGGCUGUGGAAAGCUGUCAUUGUAUUACUGGUGAAAAUGUUAAGCAGCACCAGAAGACAUGUUGCAAGGGAUUUUUACACCAGGGUGUAGCUAGUGAUGAAGCUCAACAGCAGAAUGUGACCACCAGUGGUCGUUUACAAUGUGAACCAAUGAAUGAAGCAAGUUUGCACCAAAACAGGAGCAGUGAGGCUGGUCAUCAGCAAAAGGCUUACAAUGGUUGGAUCCACCAGAGCAUGAUUGAUGAUAGUGCAACACGAAGGGAGGCUACUAAUCCUGAAAAGCUUCAUGUGGAGCUGAGAGAAACUGAUGUGCUGCAUGGGGAUGUGGCUGGUACUGGCACAUCACACAAGGAGGUAAUACAUCAUGCAGUACACCAUGGAAAAGCCAGUACUGCUGGUCCAGGUGAAAGGGCAACCAACAGUGACACUUCAUGUGCUGUAGUUGUCAGUACUGGUACAUCAUACGGGCAAGCACUCAGCAAUAAGACACAACAAAAUAAAGUAGAUAAUGGUGAGAAGUCCAUCUGUGAGACAACUAAGGAGAGUACGCCUCAUCAGAAGGUAACUGAUAAUGGGAAGCUGCAUGAAGAGGUGUUCGAUGGUGGUGGGACGCAUUGUGAGCAAGCCAGCUGUGACAAUACAUGCCCGAAGAUGACAAAUGAGAGCUUGAUGCAUGUAGCUGUUGCUGUUGAGCAAGGGCUAUCUCAGAAGAAAGCCGACAAAGAUGUUUUUUGUGUGGAUAGUCAGUCACAGAAUAUAGCUAGUGAAGAGGAUGCACCAUCCAGAAGGAAUGCAGACAAGACUGUACCAGUUCAGGAUGUGGACAGCAAAGACCAGCUGAACAAGGGAGUGAAAGAAGAAGUUAAGUUUUUCCAGGAGAUGAACAGUGAGAGUCAAAUGUGUGGGGAAGCAACUGAUACAGGCCAACUGUCAUAUGAGGUGGCGAAUGUCAGGGGGGACCAUAUUCCUCAGGUGGAUGAUGAAGCUCACAUAGACUGUGUACAGCGUAAGGAAGUUGGUGAAGAAAACCCAUCAAAGAAGAUGGACAGUGUGGUAAACACAAAAAGGCAUACAGAAGAGGUAACCAGCCUGGUUGAUCAACAACAGAAGGAAGAGAGUGUAGUCCAUUCCAGACGAGAAGAAGAAAGCGAGCUUCCUCCUCAACACCAGGAAGCCAUUUCUGCUACUUCUUCACAGCAGACAGCUAAUGCAGUUCAUCCAUCGCAGCUGUCAGAUGAUGAUCUCCAUUCUCAGCUGCAAUCUGAGACUGUAAUACAUCCACCACAAGAGGCCACCAGCUCAAGUUGUUCACCGCAGCAUGCAAACAGUGAAAAUCAAUUCCCACAGUGUCCAGAUAGCCCCAGUGAUUGCUUGCAGGUGACAACCAGCACAGAUAGAUUAUCAGAGACAGCUAACUUGUCUCAUGGUCCAGUUCCGGUUAUUGCUGUUGAUCAUUCCUCACAGGAAACAAUCACUACUGGAUUCUCCCCAAGUAGGAUAGCCACAAUAGAUAGCUCAGUGCAGGAUGUGAUUAAUACAGACAGUAUUCCCAAGGAUGUAAGUGAGAGCCACAAGCAAGCUGCCACCCCAAGUGAUGUUCUCCACAAGACACCCUCCUUAAGCCAGAGCAUUAGGGACAUUUUUGACACAGAUCUCACUGCUGCAAAGUCAGUAGAUCUAGAUCGACAUACGGAGAAAGUUACUGAUACAGAGCGGUCUUCUGUGAAAGCUACACAUAAAGUAGAUAAGGAUCGUCUCAGCAAAACAGAUAAAGACCGUCAUUCCAAAACAUAUGGAGAUCGUGUGUGUCAUAGGUUAGACAGAGAACGAACUCCUCAUAAGUCAGAUACAGAACGCAUCCUCUAUAAAGUGGACGCCGAACGACAUUCUCAUAAAUCUGAAAGUGACCGCCAUUUUCAGAAAGUUGAUACAGAAAGAACUUCUUCAGUGAUUGAUAGAGGAUACCACUUUGAGAGGUCCCACCAAAGUGACCGUGUCCACUACGAUAGAGCUUCUUAUACCGAGAGACAAGUACACAGUGAACGUGCUUUCCAUGGUGAACGUUCAGGCUAUGGUGAUAGAAGUUCCCAUGAACGUGUAUCUUAUGAGAGGUCAACCUUUAGUGACCGAGUAUCUCAUACUGACCGUUCAGUACAUAAACUUGAUAAUGAUAGACUCUCACACAAAUUAGAUGUAGAGCGUACAUCUCACAGAAUAGACAAUGAACGCUUUUGCCGUAAAGCAGACACAGAAAGAACAUCACGUAAGUCAAUUCAUGACAGAAGUCCAUACAAGACAGAGACUCGCAAAGCAGAAACUGAUAGGACACCUCGGAAAACUGAUACUGAGAAAGUAACCCGAUCUUGUGAUACUGAUCGUACUUACCGAAAGUCAGACAGUGAACGACCUCAUCGCAAAUCAGAUGACGAAAGAACUGCUCGUAAACUAGACAUAGAGCGUGGCGUUCGAAGAAUAGACAGUGAAAGAAAUGUUCGUAAGUCUGAAACUGAUCGUGUGGUACGCAAACAGGAUCUUGAAAGACAAGGUCAUAAGUCUGAUUUAGAGAGAAGCAAUCGUAAAUUGGAGUCUGACCGAUCACUGCGCAAAACAGAUGUCAGCCGUUCUACUCGUAAAUCAGAGGUUGACCGUGCAACACGAAAAGCAGAGGUGAAACGAACAACACGUAAAGCAGGCACUGGUUGUAAAGCAGAGAGUGAACGUGCUGCUCGGAAGAUAGACGAAGACCGAAAUGUACGUCGAAUGGAAGAUGCACGUUCAGGAAGGAGAACAGAGGCAGAACGGGGAUCACGUAAAAGUGAGAGUAGCAGGGUGAUGGCCAAGGCAGAUAUUGACAGAAAUGUUCGCAAAUUAGAAUCUGAACAGUCUGUACACAAGUUAGAUUCUGAUAAAAGUACAAAAAAGGCAGAAGAUGGUCGUAUAAUGCGAAAGAUGGCGGACGACAGGACGGUACACGAGUCGUUUGAUGACAGAUCUAUGAAAAAAAGCCUUGAUCAUUAUUGUACAAAGAAAUGGCUUGAUAGCAUUGCAUUACCCAAGGACAGUGGAGAUGGAAGUUCAUCUAAGGAAAAUGGUGAGAAUACUCUGCAGAAGUUAAAGAACGAUUGUGCUGCACAAAUAAUAGUUUCAGAACUCUAUUCACAAAAAGGAGACAAUAGUGUGGUUGUACCUAAACAAGAAAGUAAGGAAACUGUUUUGGAUUUUAAUAUUAGGGAAAGUGGUGAUCAAGGAAGGCUUAAGAUUGAGGGUAAUUGUAAUCUGCAAAAGACAAGCUCAGAGUGUACUGAAUGGAAAGGAGAGUGUGUCUCAGUUGCAGAAAGAGCAUAUGGUGCUACUGAAAUUAUGGAUCAAAAUAAAGAUAGACUGAGACCUUUGCCUAAAUCACCAACAGAGCUGCAUUCUCGUACUUUGAAUGUUGAUGAUAAAUCUUGUAUGGCUAAGGCUCAAGAAAGUCAUAUUUCUCCCAGAGCAGCUCUUCUGUCUGGCAUACCUAAGCUACCACCAGUAAAUGCGCCAUUGGAGAUAGGAGGAUUGACUGUUCUGCCCAAGAAAGUAGGGCAAGCUCCACACAGUGUUACUCUUGGAACUGGGUUUUGCGAACUGCCUGAUGAACCCGAAGCAGGUGCUUUGCCAGCUGAAAUAGUAGAUGGUUCUGUAACUGUGAGAUCUCAAGUGUGCCCCACAUCUGCUGACUGUAGUACAAUAUCUACUUGUGCCAAUCCUGAUAUUUCCAUGAUCCAGGGGCAUGAUAAAGAUAUUGUGUCUAACAGAAUGACAAUGAAGUCUACUAAUGUGAAUAAUUUCCAGUAUGAAAGUGAUAUGAAUUGUUCAUCCGCAAAGUGUACAGUUUCUCUCAACGAUAGUGACAGCUUAAAGGAACCCACUCUAUUGGUUAAGGAAAACAGAGUCCAAGAAAAUGUUAAACAAGGUUGUUGUGAUUCACUAUCUCAUAUGAAACAUGAGACAAGUUGUACAAUUGACACAUGUAGUGUAUGUUGUAAAUGUUCUUCUACUGGAGCAACAAUUUUGCCAGAUGAACAUGAUCCCUGUGUUUUAUUUACAGAAAAUGAAAAUAAGCACCAUAAAUUUCACAAGCCAUUUACACAGCUGCCUUCACUUGAUGUGUUAGAUACCCAGCUGACGUCUAAAACUCUAAUCAGACUGCACACAAAGCCACCACACUUGGAUGAGGUGUCAGACUCCUCUUUUGCAGGAUUUCAGUCUCAGAGACUAGACAAUGAGCAGAUGUUAUUAAAACCAGAGGUGCCUCAAGUUGAUCCUUCAUCAGCUGAAGCUGAAGGUCAUGCUUGUGAUACAGAAAAUAAUUACAGUUCAACAGCAGAAUUUUGCUCCAAGUCUAUGGGUGAUUCUGUGUCUGCUGAAACUGAUGUAGACUCUUGUAUCACUGAAAUCAGUUCCUCUGAUGCUAAACCAGAAUUUAAUAUAAAUCCUGUGACAACUGAAAUGGACACCAGUUUAUCAUCUACAAAGUCUGAUGUGUGUUCUGUCCUAUCAAGGCAUGAAGAAAAUUCUGGGAAUAAUAAUGGUUUUGCAUUUGCCUCCAUCAAACAGUAUUCAGAAGCAAAAUCAUUUUCAGGUUUGGAGAAACCAAAUAACAGUUUAUGUAAGUGGGAACCAGUUACAAACAAUGCACAAGAAGAACAUGCAUCUUCUUUGUCACAUGUUAUCAAUGAAGAAUGUAAAAUUUUGGUAAAACAAUAUAAUUCUGUUUCUUCAGAAUCUGAGAAUUGUUCUGAUUUUACUCAGAAAGAUGUACUUUCUGACUCUAAUAAAAUGGAAAAACACAAAUUACAUGCUGAGAAGGAAGCAAAAUGCUGUGUAGAAAUUUCUGAAUGUGUUCAUAAUAAGUCAAUAGACGAAGAAUGCAGUUCAUCGACUGAUGGGAAGUGUAGCAGGCCCCCAGCUUUGCAAGGGUCCUACACAUCCACAGAACGCCCAGAGAAUUCUGUUAAUGAAAAUGAGAAAAUACCUAAAUCAGAAAGAGCCCCAAGUUCUCGGUCAUCUGUUACAGAAUGUAGUGAUAAAGUUUCUGGUACCAGUCCUGUAAGCUUGCAGCAUUCCAUAACAAGUGCUUCGUGGAAAUCACCUGAAGCAAAUUCUGUGAAUGCUCAGACAAAUGAAGAAGUCAAUGUGAACACUGCAAAACUUGACAGAGGCAGUUCAUAUACCCCGGGAUUUGAAAAUAGUGUAAACUUUUCAGUUGAUGGGAGGAAGACGCCUCUGACAACAGAUGAUGCUGCUGUUUCUUCAACAGAAGUUCAAGAGGAUAAUACAAAGUUACUUUCUGAAUCAAAUAACUCAGUAGUGGUAACAGAACUAUCAGACAUAACUAAAUUGAGUUCCGCUGCACAAAAUAUAGUGACAGAAGAUAUAACAAAUCCAUUGGUAAAUGAUGCUCCCAAAAAUGGAGAUGCUUAUUCAAAAAUGAAAGUUUCUAGUCCGUUGUCUUCUGCAGAGGAAAAUGGAAUUAGUUCUUCAUCUGGAGAUUUAACAAAUGUAGAAGAAGAUGCAACAGGUGAAGUGCUACCAGUUCAGGCAGUGACUGGUCCUUGUGAAGUACAUCCUGCAAAUGAAACAGAUGUUGGAACUGAAACAGUGUCAUCUCAAAUGGAUGAAUCUAUAAUACCAGAAAAAGAGAAAUUUUGUGGUUUUGAUGGUGAUGUGAAGGCAAAUGUAUUGUCUUCAGAAAGCACAGAGUCUCUUUCUUUAGCACAUGUAGACUGUGGAACUUUGUCACCAGCACAAGUAGAACGUUCCCAAACACCCACUCCAGAUACGUUACCAUCUACAACAACUCAUACUUCUUCAGUACUAGAUACAGACUGUAGCAAUUCUCCACCUAUGGUAACAGAUCCUCCUCAGUCAUAUAGCUGUAAAACCACACUAAGUCCAUCAGUUACAGAUGUUCAUGUUGCUUCUGUUGAUGAACCUACUCUCACAGAAAAAACUUUACCUGAAACAGUGGGUAUUAAGGGUACAGAUGAAAGUAAGCCAUUCAGUAAUGUGCAGUGCAGUCAUAGUAACAGUGAAGCUGUUGCUCCUAAUGUUGGCUCUGUUGUAAGUAUAAGUGUUGGCUCAGAUAGCAAACACAGACAUGAACACACUUCAGGGAAUGAACACCGGAAACACAGGCACAGUAGGAGACAUUCAUCUCGACGCUCUAGUAAGGACAGAUCAGAGCAUAAAGAAAGAUAUAGAAGAAGCAGUGGUGACACUCAUGAAAAAGGUAAUCACGUUCAUGAUUCAACACUAAAAGAUAGAUCUGACCAUUCAUCCAGUAGAGAAAAUAUAAUCAAAGAUCGCCGAAGUAGCAGCUCAUCUGAUGUAAAAAUCCGCUGUUCUGAAUGUCACAGCAGGUCAAAAGUUAAACGAGUAAAUGUUGGUGUCCAGUGUCGUAGGGACAAAUUAUCUGAUAAGAGUGAGAAGUCAGAUCAAGGAUCAUCAGAACUUCCCUCAGGUCCUAAGACUAACUUUCAAACUAAACAUUAUUCGUUACCGAGACCUCCAUCGUGUUCUCAGUGUGGUGUUGAUAAUCUGAAAUAUGGUAAAUUUAUUCGCAUUGAAACAUAUGCCAAUGGAGGUGCUACUGUUGUCCAUAUGUAUCAAGAUGAAAUUGAUUGCCUGAGCAAGUCUGAGAUGGAGGAGCUGGCCAAAGAAUAUUUUAAGGUAGUUUUUGCUGAAGAUGAGGGAGGUUUCGCGCAUCAUGUAAUGGGCAUUGUACAUGAUGCUGCAACUUAUCUUCCAGACUUGUUAGACCAUAUGGCCGAAAAUUACCCAAACUUGACUGUAAAAAAUGGUGUUCUUGGAAGAGGCUCAGAUAUUGAGACGACCACAAUGGCCCAUUACAGAGAACAGGUUUUGAAGCAUUAUGCAAGUGGAACUGUUAGGUAUGGACCUCUGCACCAGAUAAGUUUAGUUGGCACAGUUCAUGAAGAAGUUGGUGGUUUCUUCCCAGACUUCUUGGCAAAGUUGGAAGAAAAUCCAUUUCUAAGAAUGACAAUGCCAUGGGGUCCAUUAUCCGUUGUUAAAAUGGAAUCACCUCAAGAAUCAAAUGAUGGUCCAAUUCUUUGGAUUAGACCUGGAGAACAACUGGUACCAACUGCUGAAAUUGGGAAGUCACCAGCAAAGAGGAGAAGAACUGGUAUAAAUGAGCUUCGAAAUCUGCAGUACCUACCACGACUAUCAGAAGCUCGGGAGUACAUGUUUGAAGACAGGACAAAAGCACAUGCUGAUCAUGUUGGACAUGGACUUGACAGAAUGACAACAGCUGCUGUUGGUGUUUUGAAAGCUAUCCAUGGGAACCAGCCAAGUGAACACAACCGUAUUACUAAAGAUGUAGUAGCAUUUUAUGCUGGCGACUUCCCCGAACUCGUGGAAAAAUUGCAGUUGGAUCUUCAUGAACCACCUAUUUCUCAAUGUGUCCAGUGGCUAGAAGAUGCAAAACUUAAUCAACUUCGGAGAGAAGGAAUACGUUAUGCUAGAAUUCAACUUUGUGACAACGAUAUAUAUUUUCUGCCACGCAAUAUAAUACACCAGUUUCGAACUGUGUCAGCUGUUACAAGUAUUGCAUGGCAUGUGCGUUUAAAACAGUACUAUCCCAGUGCGACAAGCCGUAAAGGUAAAAAUUCUAGAGUGGGUGGAGAUCAACAUCAUUGCAAAGACAAGAACAUGGAAAAAACAUCCUGUGAAUCUCAAAAACAAGAUUCGAAGAGAGAUUACACUAGAAGUGAGAGGCACAGAAAAGAGAGGCACCAGAGUAAAGUAGAUGAACAACACUCAGAAAUAGGUGAAAGUGAUAAACACAAGAAGCAUUUGAGAGAAUAUCAUCACAGAAAACAAAAGAGGCAUGAAUCAGAUGAAGAUGGUAUCAGGGAAAAGAAAAGACCAAAACUGUCAGAGGACAAGUGUAAAUCAGAUGACACACAUUUAGAGACAAAGCUUGACUCCGUCUCUGUAGAUAAAAAAGAAAAAAGUGAUACAGAAGAUCCUGAAGAAAAGCACCUCACAACUAAAGUUAUACAAGAAUCUUGCAAGAGGAUAGUGGCUGUUGAUCAACAGUUUGAUUUCAAGAUUGAUUAUUACAAGAAAUCUGAUAACAAGAGAAGACCAGAAUACACAGAGAAGGAAAAUAAAGAAAAGCUUAGAGAUAAAGAUAAAGAUCAGAAGAGGCAUGACAAAAGAGUGAAGUUAAGUAGUGAGGAAUACAAAACAAAGAAACAACACUCUAGUGAUAAUGUAGGUGAGAGGCAUAGGAGGGAACACAGACACAAUCAGAGCCACGAAAAAGCGUGUGAAAAAACAACUAAUAACACCGAAUUGAAUACUAGUUGCAGUAAAGUUACUCGCUCCUCACAGCAUAAAAAAGAAGUUGUAUCAGAAGAUAACCCAGAUACAUCAAGUAGCACCAAACUCGAUAGUAGUGUUACUGCUGAGAUCUCUGUACAUUGUAGUCUUGACUUAGAACAUUCUUCAGACAGAAUUGUAAAUACGCCAAAGAAGAGUUGUCCCGUAAAUGAAGUUAAUUCCAAGAGUGUGUUACAGACAAGUGUUCAAAAAGAUGGUACUGAGAAUUUGCAGUGUACAGAAACUGGAGUGAGAAGUGAUAGUGGUGAUAACCAAAAAUCGUGUUCUGCUAAAAGGGAGUCUAGGUCAAAAAGUGUAUCAAGGACAAAUGUAAACAUCUUGGACCAAAUUAUGGCCAGUAUGAACUCAAAUAGUGCACCAAGGCUUAAAGAAGACAAUGACAUAGUUUAAAAGUUAGUAAAAUCCAUAUGUGCACCAGUUAGUGAAUUUUCACUGACAAAUAUAACUGCCUUCUUAGUUCACAAUUUAAAAAAAUUUGGCGGGAUAGGUGGAAUGGAUGGUGACACCUAUCAGUUUGCUGAUUGAAUUGGUGAAAUCAAGGUUGCAGCACCUGAAAAUUUGUGAGGUCAUCUUGUCAUACAAAGUUUUGAUCUGAGAAUACCUGCGUAGUAAUCAGCCCUUGCAGUACUGUAGGAAAAUUUUGUAUAGCUACUCUAUAUUUGGAAACCAGCAAUAAAUGUGCUCCUGAGCAUCAAGCACAAAUGUGAAUGGAAUUAUGCUGUGUCUGAAAUUAGAGUAAUUUUAGUAGUAACAAUGAUAAUGAUAACAACGAUGACAACAAUAGUGGUAAGAAUGUAUGAAAUAUGUUGUGGGUCCACUGCUGUAAAGUAUCAGUGACAGUCAUGUGGAAAUAUGGCUAAUUAAUGUUAAAACAGUCUGUCCUUUUAUGAAAAAUAGUUUCGUUAUAUAUAUUUAAAUUCUUUUGCCGGUAGCUCUGUUUACUUCAGUUGUAACAUUUAUAUAUUUUCCGUAGACUUACUUCUGCAUUUCAACUACAAAGAGUAGUAACUCUAUUGCUGUUCCCCCACUUAUAUUCAUUUAGCAUAAAAUUUAGUCAUAUUUCCGCAUUAACAUGCUCACUAUAUCAUUUAUGUUUGAAAAUGUUUGGUUUACUGUCAUAAAAUUUCAUAAGGUUGUGAAUAAUUCACACUUCCGUUGCUACUAAAAUCAGUAGACCAGGUACAAUAUACAGUGAUUUUGUUUUGGUUUGAGAGUGUUAUAGUUUUUAAAUAUGGUACUUUAUCAUCAGUAAAGUAUCAUAUCCAUGCUGAGUUUACUUAAAUAUUCUCUGUAAUUGUGUUUUUUGUGUAACAAAAUGCCAUCUUGUAGCUCUGCAUCAUUGAAAGAUGUAGUAAUUUGUUUCUAUUUGCCACAGUUCUCACAGAAAGGGAACCACAUUUAGAACAGAUUUGACAGUCAAUAAUGAAGGAAUUUUUGGAAUUCUUCCUUUACUUCUCUCCGUAGUUUUAAGUCCAAUCACUCCACACAGGAACAAAGUGCCUUAUAAGCUUGAGCUGCUGCUGCUGUUGCUGCUGCUCCAGCUUUGUAAUUUGUUUUUACCCCAGUCUGUGUGUUAUUGUGAUAGAAAAUUUGUUGCUUUACUUACAUACACAGGUGAAAGUUAAAUGUAGCAGUUGCCAGACAUGUUUUUGUAUGACUGAAAACUUUUUAUUUUCAUGUAAAUGUUCUCUUUGUUCUUAAUUAAUGUGAAAAAGCAAUAAUGCAUUUAAUUGUAGUUAUUUUCUUAUAUAUUUCUUUAUUUUGUAAACCACAUCAUGAAGGAAAAAGGUGCAAAUGAAAAAAGCUGUAAUAAGUCCCUGUUCCCAUUUCUUUCUGUUUUAGAGGGCAUACUGUAUCAAUGUGGCAUAAAUAUUUGCUAAUGAGACCAAACUGUACUAUUAUUGAGACAUUUACAAUUCAGUCACUGCAUUAUUUCAUGUAGCCGCGAUAUUUUAGGUAAUCACCAGGCAAUAAAAUUUAUUUGGACAUUGGGAAACAAGAGUUUUGCAGGUGGAAACUUUACUCUGACAUUUCUCUCUCCACAUUUGUGUCUCACUUCAUCCUUGACUGAUUGUGGUAUCAUUUUGGCAUUAACUUUCCUGCAGCAUUAAUUCUGUUCUCUGCUUAAUUUUGUGUUCUGAUUUUCUUGGUUUAGGUGAUCUCAUGUGUCACUGCUCCUCCUCCUUCUUCUGUUCAGUUCUUGCAAGAUUUUAUGGUUGUAACCAAUCAUUAUUAAUUUGAAGCACUUUAUUUUUCCUUGUUGUGUGUCAUGUUCAUGAAGUUGUUUUCUUAUCAUCUUUAGCUUCUCACCCACCAGAGGUACCUUUUAUGCUUGCUUUUGGUAGUUUAAUUUCUUUGCUACUUGGUAAAUGUCAUGACAUUGCAUUUUUAUAUGGUCUGAUCAACUGUAACCUGUCAAAUAAUACUUGGUUGUUGCAGUUGUCUCUGUCAAUUGCAUGAUUUGUUGGAUAGACAAACAAUGAUUUAAAUUCUUGUGCUCCUGAGUAGACAUACAAAAACUGCUUAGUGAAUAAAAUGCAUUUGUCCACCACUGAUUAUACCAGUUCUUUGAGAAAAACUUACCAUAAAAGUUUCUUUCACUGAAGUACAGAUUCACAGAAUUCAAACCAGUAGAUCAAUAUUUUAACACUACACCAUAAAUUUUCUGUCAUUGUUUUCUCAUCAUAUUGUGUAUAAAUAAACCUGGCACUGACAGUCCCUCAUAUAUGAUGUGUUUGCAUUUCAAAUAACUAAAGUUGUGACUGUACCUUUGUACCUUUAGUAAACUUUUGAAGUGUGUUCCGCUGCUGUCCCCCCCCCCCCCCCCCCCCCCCCCCUCUCCCCAUCUCUCUGCCCCCAGAUGUUACGUAUAUUGGGAGGAGAGUGGCAGAUACAAUAUUGCCCACCAUCAGUAGAGAUUUAUUCCACUUAUUGCAAAUUAUUAACUUGAUUACAUGCAUGACAUGUUUAUACCCUAGAAUGCCACGCUUACUACUGUGUGUUCUUGCUGUGAAAUGGUUCUUUUUAUUUGCAAGUUCACAUGGAAUUCAGUAUUCCAUUAGUUCUUGUCAGAGGUAUUAUACGUGUAGUAAUAACUAGCCACUAAAUACACUAUGCUGCUGAAAAUUCAAACUUAGGAAACAACAUCAAAAGUUGAGUGUGUGGGCAAGGAUGAAAGUCACUAAUGCUUUUAAUGGAAGAAUAAAUUUCAUAUAGUAUUGUAUCAUAGAGGACUGCACAAUUCACCCGUCCCAGCUAGCAAUAAAAUAAAUGAUAAUUAAUCAAGUCAUUGGUGUGAUGUUAAUUGUAUUAGUUAGGACAAAUUACAAAUCUAUGCAGCCAUUUUUAUAUCCAGAACAAUGUGUCAAAAGAUUUGCUAAUGAAUUUGAAACCACUGAGUGUAUACUUGGUGAAAAACACCAAAGAAAGUGGGGAGGAAGGUGAGGAGAUUAAUGGUCUCUUCUUAGCAAUAUUAACAGCAGGGAAGGUAUAACAAAAAAGAGGAAGUGGUGUUUCAUUUGCAGUUGAAACAUAAGCAUCAUUGAAAUAUUAGAUCAUUAUUACAUGUAUGUGGUGAUAGGUAUGCAAGCCUCGAACUUAUUGGGGGUGAGGGGACCUAAAAUAUAUACUAAAAUCUGAUGAUAUGUAAACACCUUUCUUUCUGAGCUCUGAGUUCAAUUUCAGUUGUCAUUUUACAAAAAUAAAGUAAUGAAUGGUGAUUUUGUUGCUUCUGAUACAUUUUGUUCUAUAGAACAUACAUACUUGAUUGGACAAGCAGGCAGUUGAAAAAUCCUUAUUAUGGUAUUUUAAUCUUCAGUGACUAGUAAAAAUAACAUUUAUUUUUUGUUUAUCUUUUUUAAAAUCAUAUGCUGCGUUCACAAAAAGCAUGAACUAUAAAAACUGUAUGGUGGUUGAAGUUUUGAAUGAAAUCCAGUCACGUAUCAGACAUUACAUAAGUUUAUCUUUCUUAUUUUAUUUUAAUGUUAUGCAGGCUGAGCCAUAACUGUAUCUGUUAGAUAAAUGGAAAAAAUACCUUAAUUAAUAAUUUCUUACCUUAGAUAUCUGUGCCCUGUUUCAUCCUAUUCUAUUUCAUUUUCAUUGUGUUUGUAGGGAGAGAGGAAGAGGUGAGGUAGAAACAACUUGUUCCUCUUAAUCUUUGUCAGUCUUUUACAUUCUGAAAGUACUUUUUUACAUUCUGAAAGUACUUUUAAUACAUUUACAUAAAUAAAUACUUCAAGCAUAUGGUGAAAAUAAUAUAAUUUAUAUUUGGCAGUAUUCAUUGACUGGCAUCAAUGAGAGCAUUCAUGGAUCCAGCUUCUCAAUUUUUAUGCAAAUUGCAAGAAGUGAUGAUUUUUCAGACUGUGCAACAUAAAUUUACUUCUACAUUUUGAAUGAAGGUCUCUAGCCAAAUAUUGUAAAAAUUCAAGUAGAUUGCGUGUUAAAUGUAACAUUGGUUCUUCCUACCUCUAGCUAUGUUCUAAUUGUAACUGGAAACAAUAAAAAUGAAAAAGGAACUAAUUAAACAAUAAAGAAAAAUGCUAAUAGCCACUAAUUUAAGUCAGUAUAUAUGAGGUCCAUUGACUGAUUACAGCUUUUUUUGUUUGUACGAAAUGAUUUUUCGAAAUGAUUUUUCUCAAGGUACACUUACUGGAGACAGCAACUGAUAAGCCUGUGUGCAACUAACCAUGAGUUUAGGUUAUGCACAGAAGUCUAGCAGGUAUUCAUGUGCUUUCUGAAAAGUAAGGAAUGUAGCUGCAUCACAACAGCACAUUUGUACUUAUAAGCAAUAAUCAUUUUCAAAACUUCACCCAUUUGUUAACAAUGACUUCCUCCUCUCAUUUUUCUUUGAUAUUUGCGUUUCAUUUAAAGUUUUUUUUCCCCAAAACAAAAUGCUAAAUUGGUUAAUAUGGUGCUACAGGUUUCCCCCCACAGAAAGUGUCUUUCUGUUUCACAGAACAUCGCUACAGUAUUAGCUCUCCAGCCCAGUGCCUUCAGAAUGCAAUAACACUGUGAUUAGUAAACAGCAGAUAUGUAGAAACAUUUUUGUGUGUUUGUAUGAAAUUCAGAAAUAGUGAGGUUUUUCUCAGACAUUAUGAUUAUUCAUUUGGAAUGUGUGUUUGGUGAGUGUUUGUGAUAUGAGAGUUUAGUAUAUACAUACAACAUCAGUGAUAUUUCUUUGAUGUGUAAGGAAAUAUUGGAGUGUGUGGAAGUUUUGCAGUUGUAACAUAGAAUAUUUUGGCAUAAAACUAAAUUUGAAAUGUUCCUGUCUCAGAAACUUUCUGUUUUUGCCACAUAUAAGGUUCUUAUUUAUUAUUAAUGUAGAAAUUACAAAUACAAAUAAUUGGCUUUUUUCUUGUAUGUUACUUAAUUGAUUGCGCUUUAACUAUUGUGUAAUAUCUGCAGUUCAGAAUUACAUUUAGUAAUUGUUGUUUACCAGUUUUAUAAUUUUCUGGGGGACCAAAAAGCAAUGUUCUCAUGUAUGUUUAUGACUCUCUGGCCAGAUUUCAGUUGCUUCAGGUAAUCACAAAGAAAUUUUGCAGAUUCAGUGAUCUCAUUUUCAGAGUUCUCUAAUUAAAAACUACUAGGUAAAACGGAGAGGCAGCUGUAGCCACUGUAAUAUCCCAUUUUUGAGGUGUAGGUAGGAGUCUGUUCAGAAAGUAUGUGAUGAAAUAGAUCUCUGUGCUGUCUUAGAGUAUCCAAAGAGCAGCCAAACUAAAGUGCCAAGAAAAGUUUGUGUGAAAGAAAAUGGGAUAAAAGUAAAUUUUCUUGAAGGACAUUGCUUUAAAAAUGGUUCCACAUGUACACAUCUGCAGUGAAAUAAAUAUUAUUCUCAUUGUUCAAUGUGUUUUAUGGUACCAUGUUGGUAUAAUUGGAAAGCUGCAUCUAUAUAGUACCAAAUCUACCAUUGUGAGGACAGAAUUCCAAGCUCCAAUAGGUUCUAAAAUACCUAGUGCAAUUGAAUGUAUUGCAGAGUACCUUUUUAGUUGGAGUUAUGAUUUUAGACACAUCAGUGGGCCUUUAAAUAAUUCAUCACUUUUUUAUGAAUUAUCUGAAACUGUAUAUUUGUAAAUUAUUUUCAUAGUCCUUCAGAUACAGCUCUCAGCUCAGCACUAUAAAGUUUACUACUGGGAGAACGAAAUGGCUUAUGUCAUAAGUUAUCUACCCAUACAUGCACUUAUGUUUAGAAUGGCUCAGCACUGUAAAGUUUGUUACUAUAGAACCGAAUGGCUUACUUCAUAAGUUAUCUACCCUUCCAUGCACUAAUGUUUAGAAUGAAAGUGUCUCAUAGAUCAAAGUGUCUACAUAGACCUGCCUCAUAUUAGAUAAUUACAAAUCUUCCUUUUCAUACUUAUUUGCUUAUGAUUAAAAUCCAUCUAGAUAAAGGUGAACCAUUUUGGCUUUGCAUAUCAAUGCUGUUAAGAGGCUGUGUUGGUUUAUUUUUGUAAAUUGUCGAGAUUGAAGGUGUUGAGAUGUAUUGUGAAGGACGAAGCAAGAAACAUUGUAAUUGGUGGCUGGAGGGGGGGGGGGUUACAUGUUGGGUAUAUACAUUAAUAAAUUUAUCUGGCAGUUGAUGGUUCUACAACAGAGCAGUGUUUUAAAGUCAUUAAAUUUUCUCAUGUAAGAUCCCAUUUUGUUUUCUAAAUAUGUAAUAGAGUAGGUGUUAUUACAGUAUAUUAAUUUUCUUACAUUAAAAUUGCUACAAAAAGUCAGUUUAAACACCCAAAAGACUUUACUUUAUUUUGUAGGGUUUUGCAGAUUAAAAACUGUGUUGCACAUGGUGAUGGGAACAUGGUGUGAUAAUUGACAAGCAAAGUUAUACAUUUAGAAGUACUUCAUGCAAUUAAAUUUCCAAUCAAGAAUGCUCAGCUUUUAUAAUUAACAACUGAUGACACACAAAUACCUAUGAGAACAUCAGACUAAUUCAGUAAACAUCUCAGUGAAUAUCUGGGUACUGAGCACAAAAUCAGCCUGAUGUAUAGAGGGAACAUCUGCAACAGGAACACAAGAAGUUUAUAUAAAAUUAAAAUAGAGCAAAUAAUUGAGUUGAGGAAGCAUUAUUUGUUUUGAUUUUUGAUAGUUUUGACAAACUUUGUGCACUAAAACAUGUUGUAUCCUCUGUUAAUUCUAGAAGAAGCAGAUCUAAAGGCCAACACAUUGAAUAUUUCAAUUGAAUGUGGAGUAUCGUUUGUGAAAUGCCAUGGAAAGUCUUAAUUUAUAUUCUGCUGUCCUCCCCUCCUCCACUUCACCCCACUUUCCAAAAUCUAUCUGCCAGUGUGAUUUAUAUAUGUUUUUAAUCUGGCAAUAUUUUUAUGUCCUCAUACUGUAAUUAAGGUGCUCUGGAAAAGGGUCACGGAAAAUGUAUUAAAUACCUGUGGUGUUCUGCUAAACAAGUAUCAGUUUUGGUGAUCUCUGUUUUAUGAUAUUGAAGAGGUUCCCAUUUUAGUCAUAUUUACAUUCAUGAAAAAGUCAGUAUAUAACAUAAUUCUUACUUGCACUGCAGGAAAAUAAUAUCUGUUAAUAAUUCAUAAUUUUCAUGAAUUUUUAUUUUUUCUCUUUGGUUUUAAGUAACUGGUAUUCAUUUUUCUGUAAUGGUAGUAUUUACAGAAAGACAUUAUAUCAGCAGCAUAAAUAUAUCUAUUAUAUUUUACGGCAAACGCCAGUUUCGCACAGAUUUGGUUUCUUGGUUUUGUGUACAACAGUUUAUCUGUAUUCUGGAACUCAACUGAGGAUAAUACAGAUAAUUAAUACCCUCCAUUAGUCAUAAUACAUAAUUUCACACAAUUCUUCGAAUUGACAAUGUUCUCAAAGAACAUUUGUGGUAUUGGGAACCGAUUUUAUUUUAUGCACAGCUGUACAUUGGCUUAACUUUGUAUUCAGCUGUUAUUAUCAUCAGUUGUUGCUGAAACAGUUGUCAUGUAAUGAUUUAUCUGAUUACAUAAUUAGUUCUAAUGAUGGGUGUGGUAACAAAGCUGCAAUUAUGACUGGAAAUGAUUUGCUAGUUGCAUAGAGAUCUAUGCUAUGGGGAAGUGUCAAAGGCAGAAACCUUUGUUUUUUCCCCACAAAUUUGUUUUAGACAUCUCCAGAAAGUGGUAAACCCAUUACUUUGGUAGAUAAGAUUCCUGUUCAAAAAUGCAAGGAUACCACUUAAUAUGAAUAACAAAGUGGUAUGUACCAGCAUGAUAAUUGCAAUAAUAACUGCAAAGGUUCUCAGUGUUGCAUAAUCAGUUCCCGAGCUUUUAAGAAGGAAUGUUACUUCAGGAAGACUUACGAAAGAGGAAAAUUGAAAGUAAAGCUUCACUAAGCAUGUACUUUGGCUUUGAAAUAAAAUGUGAUGGCUGUUAGGCCAUACCGCAACCAUCAUAUUGGUUUAUGUGCCAGUGUCUCCUUUCUAUCAUUCUCAGAAUUAUUGCAUCUCACUUUUCUGGGGAUGGAGAGUUAGUCUACUGAUGUCUGUUAACAUAAAUGGUGACUUCAUUUUUUUUAUUACUUUUCACAUUCAGUUUUAAAUAUGUUUGGAAUUUAAUCCUGCCAGAUAUUCGCAACCCACAACUCAUAUUCAUUCUUCUGAAACACUGGCAAGAAUGAAAUGAGAAUAUGAAUGUGUGUAAAAAUUGAGCUGGGGCUGGUUUGGAGGAUGAGGAUGAACUUGUUUCAUUGUUUCUGUAGGUACAAAAUUAAAUAGGGCUUGUACUUAAAUGAAACACCCUUACUAAAUUCUAGUGCCUCAAAACACGAGGAAAUGCAAAUCAAAACAUGCAAGCCACUAAUGUGCCUGUUAGUCGAGCAACUCUCUAACAACAGUAUACAUUUGUAUAUUUAGUUUGUCUAAAUAUCCCAGAAACAAUACUUGCUCAUUGGCUUACCAUUUGACAUUUCCAUCUUCAUACCAGUUGCAGUGUCACUGGUUGAUUGCUAGUACAAAUUAUAAAUGUAGAUUGUGUAAUUGAAGGCAAUGACAUAGAGAUCUCUUCUGCUGAUUUUGUAUAAUAAGGAGAGAUCAGUGUGUUUUACUGGAUCAUUGUGUUUAUGAAUUAACAGUUUUAUCACCUAACCCAUAAAAGUUAUUGAUAGACAAUGUUUAUUAUUUGUUACAAACAACAGCAACAUUUUCUUUUGCGGUAUUAAAUGUUACCAGCAAUUUGUAUUCAGUAUUAUUUUGUUGUGUGAUGUUGAACAUAACUUUCAUUGUAUCUCCCCAUGUUGGUGUUAACAUUAUUGGCAAUAUGUACAUAAUUUUGAAAGCCAUUGUUAGCUAUAUUAUUUGCUGCAGAGAUACUUACUUUAAAAUAUCAGACUUAAUUUUUCAUGGUUUGUAGGCUGUUGUUUUGGUUUGGUUAUUUUUAUUUUUUACAAGUAUUUAAUACAAGCACUGAGUUUGUGCUUUUGUAACUUAUAUUUGUUUCACACAGCUGUUUCUACUGAGGAGCGUAUAAUUUUGUUUUUAUUUAAUUAGUUUUAUCAGUGUGACAGUAUCCUGCAGAUAAUGUAAAUUUGAAUUUGGAACUUGUGUCUGUAAAAAUGCAAACCUAAUGUACUUUAAGUUAUUUCAUUUGAAAUGUUAAUCUAUUUAAAGCUGCAAAUUUUCUGUGACACUAUAAGAAUUUUAAAAUACUUUCAGAACAUCUGAAUCAUAACAGAAAAAGAAAGGAAAGUGUUGAGGCUGACUGGUUAUAUACUUUCUCAAGAGCAAGAAUUUGCUCAAACUGUUAUAUAAAAUAUGUUUUAUAUAUAA